AUGUGGUUGGUGAAGAUCCAGUUGGAGGUGGCCCAGUUGUGGUUGGUGAAGAUCCAGUUGGAGAUCCAGUUGGAGGUGGUCCAGUUGUGGUUGGUGAAGAUCCAUUUGGUGGUGGAACAGUUGUGGUUGGUGAAGAUCCAGUUGGAGUUGGCCCAGUUGUGGUUGGUGAAGAUCCAGUUGGAGGUGGAACAGUUGUGGUUGGUGAAGAUCCAGUUGGAGGUGGCACAGUUGUGGUUGGUGAAGAUCCAGUUGGAGGUGGCACAGUUGUGGUUGGGGAAGUUCCAGUUGGAGGUGGCGGCCCAGUUGUGGUUGGUGAAGAUCCAAUUGGAGGUGGCACAGUUGUGGUUGGUGAAGAUCCAGUUGGAGAUCCAGUUGGAGGUGGCACAGUUGCGGUUGGUGAAGAUCCAGUUUGAGGUGGCACAUUUGUGGUUGGUGAAGAUACAGUUGGAGGUGGCCCAGUUGUGGUUGUUGAAGAUCCAGUUGGAGAUCCAGUUGGAGGUGGCACAGUUGUGGUUGGUGAAGAUCCAGUUGGAGGUGGCACAGUUGCGAUUGGUGAAGUUCCAGUUGAAGGUGGCCCAGUUGUGGUUGGUGAAGAUCCAGUUGGAGGUGGCAGAGUUGCGGUUGGUGAAGUUCCAGUUGGCGGCGGUGGCACAGUUGUGGUUGAUGAAGAUCCAGUUGGAGGUGGCACAGUUGUGGUUGGUGAAGAUCCAGUUGGAGGUGGCCCAGUUGUAUCCAGUUGGAGGUGGCACGGUUGUGGUUGGUGAAGAUCCAGUUGGAGGUGGCCCAGUUGUGGCUGGUGAAGAUCCAGUUGGAGGUGGCACAGUUGUGGUUGGUGAAGAUCCAGUUGGAGGUGGCCCAGUUGUGGUUGGUGAAGAUUCAGUUGGAGGUGGCACAGUUGUGGUUGGUGAAGAUCCAGUUGGAGGUGGCACAGUUGUGGUUGGUGAAGAUCCAGUUGGAGGUGGCACAGUUGUGAUUGGUGAAGAUCCAGUUGGAGAUGGCACAGUUGUGGUUGGUGAAGAUCCAGUUGGAGGUGGUACAGUUGUGGUUGGUGAAGAUCCAGUUGGAGGUGGCCCAGUUGUGGUUGGUGGAGAUCCAGCUGGAGGUGGCCCAGUUGUGGUUGGUGAAGAUCCAGUUGGAGGUGGCACAGUUGUGAUUGGUGAAGAUCCAGUUGGAGGUGGCACAGUUGUGGUUGGUGAAGAUCCAGUUGGAGGUGGCCCAGUUGUGGUUGGUGAAGAUCCAGUUGGAGGUGGCACAGUUGUGAUUGGUGAAGAUCCAGUUGGAGAUGGCACAGUUGUGGUUGGUGAAGAUCCAGUUAGAGGUGGCACAGUUGUGGUUGGUGAAGAUCCAGUUGGAGGUGGCCCAGUUGUGGCUGGUGAAGAUCCAGUUGGAGGUGGCACAGUUGUGGUUGGUGAAGAUCCAGUUGGAGGUGGCCCAGUUGUCGUUGGUGAAGAUCCAGUUGGAGGUGGCACAAUUGUGGUUGCUGAAGAUCCAGUUGGAGGUGGCACAGUUGUGGUUGAUGAAGAUCCAGUUGAAGGUGGCACAGUUGUGGUUGGUGAAGAUCCAGUUGGAGGUGGCACAGUUGUGGUUGGUGAAGAUCCAGUUGGAGGUGGCCCAGUUUGGGUUGGUGAGGAUCCAGUUGGAGGUGGCACAGUUGUGGUUGGUGAAGAUCCAGUUGGAGAUCCAGUUGGAGGUGGCCCAGUUGUGGUUGGUGAAGAUCCAGUUGGAGAUGGCACAGUUGUGAUUGGUGAAGAUCCAGUUGGAGGUGGCACAGCUGUGGUUGGUGAAGAUCCAGUUGGAGGUGGCCCAGCUGCGGUUGGUGAAGAUCCAGUUGGAGGUGGCCCAGUUGUGGUUGGUGAAGAUCCAGUUGGAGAUCCAGUUGGAGGUGGCCCAGUUGUGGUUGGUGAAGAUCCAGUCGGAGGUGGCACGGUUGUGGUUGGUGAAGAUCCAGUUGGAGGUGGCACAGUUGUGAUUGGUGAAGAUCCAGUUGGAGGUGGCCCGGUUGUGGUUGGUGAAGAUGCAGUUGGCACGGUUGUGGUUGGUGAAGAUCCAGUUGGAGGUGGUCCAGUUGUGGCUGGUGAAGAUCCAGUUGGAGGUGGUACAGUUGUGGUUGGUGAAGUUCCAGUUGGAGGUGGCACAGUUGUGGUUGAUCCAGUUCGAGGUGGCCCAGUUGUGGUUGGUGAAGAUCCAGUUGGAGGUGGCACUGUUGUCGUUGGUGAAGAUCCAGCUGGAGGUGGCCCAGUUGUGGUUGGUGAAGAUCCAGUUGGAGGUGGCCCAGUUGUGAUUGGUGAAGAUCCAGUUGGAGAUGGCACAGUUGUGGUUGGUGAAGAUCCAGUUGGAGAUCCAGUUGGAGGUGGCUCAGUUGUGGUUGGUGAAGAUCCAGUUGGAGGUGGCACAGUUGUGGUUGGUGAAGUUCCAGUUGGAGGUGCCUCAGUUGUGGUUGGUGAAGAUCCAGUUGGAGGUGGCCCAGUUGUGGUUGGUGAAGAUCCAGUUGGAGGUGGCACAGUUGUGGUUGGUGAAGAUGCAGUUGGAGGUAGCCCAGUUGUGGUUGGUGAAGAUCCAGUUGGAGGUGGCACAGUUGCGGUUGGUGAAGAUCCAGUUGGAGAUCCAGUUGGAGGUGGCACAGUUGUGGUUGGUGAAGAUCCAGUUGGAGGUGGCACAGUUGUGGUUGGUGAAGUUCCAGUUGGAGGUGCCUCAGUUGUUGUUGGUGAAGAUCCAGUUGGAGGUGGCACAGUUGUGGUUGGUGAAGAUCCAGUUGGAGAUCCAGUUGGAGGUGGCCCAGUUGUUGUUGGUGAAGAUCCAGUUGGAGGUGGCCCAGUUGUGGUUGGGGAAGAUGCAGUUGGAGGUGGCACAGUUGUGGUUGGUGAAGAUCCAGUUGGAAGUGGCCCAGUUGUGGUUGGUGACGAUCCAGUUGGAGGCGGCACAGUUGCGGUUGGUGAAGAUCCAGUUGGAGGUGGCGCAGUUGUGGUUGGUGAAGAUCCAGUUGGAGAUCCAGUUGGAGGUGGCACAGUUGUGGUUGGUGAAGAUCCAGUUGGAAGUGGCACUGUUGUGAUUGGUGAAGAUCCAGUUGGAGGUGGCCCAGUUGUUGUUGGUGAAGAUCCAGUUGGAGAUCCAGUUGGAGGUGGCCCAGUUGUGGUUGGUAAAGAUCCAGUUGGAGGUGGCACUGUUGUGAUUGGUGAAGAUCCAGUUGGGAGUGGCCCAGUUGUGGUUGGUGAAGAUCCAGUUGGAGGUUGCACAGUUGUGGUUGGUGAAGAUCCAGUUGGAGGUGGCACAGGUGUGGUUGGUGAAGGUCCAGUUGGAGGUGGCACAGUUGUGGUUGGUGAAGAUCCAGAUGGAGGUGGCACAGUUAUGGUUGGUGAAGAUCCAGUUGGAGGUGGCCCAGUUGUGGUUGGUGAAGAUCCAGUUGGAGAUCCAGUUGGAGGUGGCACAGUUGUGGUUGGUGAAGAUCCAGUUGGAGGUGGCACAGUUGUGGUUGGUAAAGAUCUAGUUGGAGGUUGCAUAGUUGUGGUUUGUGAAGAUCCAGUUGGAGAUGGCCCAGUUGUGGUUGGUGAAGAUCCAGUUGGAGGUGGCCCAGUUGUGGUUGGUGAAGAUCCAGUUGGAGGUGGCACAGUUGUGGUUGGUGAAGAUCCAGUUGGAGGUGGCAUAGUUGUGGUUUGUGAAGAUCCAGUUGGAGAUGGCCCAGUUGUGGUUGGUGAAGAUCCAGUUGGAGUUGUGGUUGAUGAAGAUCCAGUUGGAGGUGGCCCAGUUGUGGUUGGUGAAUAUCCAGUUGGAGGUGGCACAGUUGUGGUUGGCGAAGAUCCAUCUGGAGGUGGUACAGUUGUGGUUGGUGAAGAUCCGGUUGGAGGUGGCACAGUUGUGGUUGGUGAAGGUCCAGUUGGAGGGGGCCCAGUUGUGGUUGGUGAAGAUCCAGUUGGAGGUGGCACAGUUGUGGUUGGUGAAGAUGCAGUUGGAGUUGGAGGUGGCACAGUUGUGGUUGGUGAAGAUCCAGUUGGAGGUGGCACAGUUGUGGUUGGCGAAGAUCCAAUUGGAGGUGACACAGUUGUGGUUGGUGAAGAUCCAGUUGGAGGUGGCACAGUUGUGAUUGGUGAAGAUCCAGUUGGAGAUCCAGUUGGAGGUGGCCCAGUUGUGGUUGGUGAAGAUCCAGUUGGAGGUGGCACAGUUGUGGUUGGUGACAAUCCAGCUGGAGGUGGCACAGUUGUGGUUGUUGAAGAUCCAGUUGGAGGUGACACAGUUGUGGUUGGUGAAGAUCCAGUUGGAGGUGGCACAGUUGUGGUUGAUCCAGUUGGAGGUGGCCCAGUUGUGGUUGGUGAAGAUCCAGUUGGAGGUGGCACAGUUGUGGUUGGUGAAGACCCAGUUGGAGAUGGCACAGUUGUGGUUGGUGAAGAUCCAGUUGGAGGUGGCACAGUUGUGGUUGGUGAAGAUCCAGUUGGAGAUCCAGUUGGAGGUGGCCCAGUUGUGGUUGGUGAAGAUCCAGUUGGAGGUGGCACAGUUGUGGUUGGUGACGAUCCAGUUGGGGGUGGCCCAGUUGUGGUUGGUGAAGAUUCCGUUGGAGGUGGCCCCGUUGUGGUUGGUGACGAUCCAGUUGGGGGUGGCCCAGUUGUGGUUGGUGAAGAUCCAGGUGUAGGUGGCACAGUUGUAGUUGGUGAAGAUCCAGUUGGAGGUGGCCCGGUUGUGGUUGGUGGUGCUCCUGUUGAAGCUGAAGCAGUUGUUGCAUUUGGCGCAGAUGUAGAAGUGCUAGGUGGCGGCACUGAAGCUGAUGUUGUAGUUACGCUCUUCUUACAGUGGCAAAACUAA